AUGCAAUACGAUCUAAACUACUUGAAUUUGUUUUUGACGUGUUUUGCAUGUUCUUUGUUCUUAUUUCUCGUAAUAAAUAAAAAAAUAUUUGUUUUCAAGAUGACUAUGGCUAUGCUUCAACGAAGAGCUAAUGUAAGAUUACCUCCAGAAGUAAACAGAGUAUUGUAUAUAAGAAAUUUGCCAUACAAAAUUACUGCCGAAGAAAUGUAUGAUAUUUUUGGUAAAUAUGGAGCUAUUAGACAAAUUAGAGUGGGCAAUACUGCUGAAACUAGAGGAACAGCAUUUGUUGUUUACGAAGAUAUAUUUGAUGCAAAGAAUGCUUGUGAUCAUUUAAGUGGAUUUAAUGUUUGUAAUAGAUAUUUAGUAGUUUUAUAUUAUCAAAGUAAUAAAGCAUUUAAACGAGUUGAUGUAGAUAAAAAAAUGGAAGAAAUAGAUAAGUUAAAAACAAAAUAUAAUUUGAAUGAAGAAAAAAAAUAACAUAAUUCUUUAAAUUUAAUGAAAAUGCAAGAGCAAUUCAUUUUAUAAUGUAAAUUUAUUUAUUUAAAACAAUUUUUUUUUAAAUUUUAUCAUUAUAAAAUAAGUAUAUGUAAAUAGUACAAAUAAUUCAAUAAAUAAUUUCAUUUAUAUUCA